GCCAGCGCAAAAAAAAAAUAUAGGGAGAAUAGAAUGAACGUUUGACAGCCUGCCUUCGCUUUUGCUCGUGUACAGCUUUGAAACAAAAGAAUACAUAUGCUUAAUUUAUUUGUGAAAGAUUUCGGAUAGUUUAGACCUGUGCGUGUGUUAGACCUCUGCUUUUAUUUAUGGCCGCCGCUGUGAGGAAUCCUGUUUGGGGCGCUCCUGGGCAGGACGCGCAGCUUCUCCAGAAAGACACAGCAGACGGGCUGAGAGGAGGUGAAGAUCGGGGACAAGUGCUCUGUAACACGAGGGAUGCCAUCCAGGGAACUUCCUCUUUCCAUGAUUAUAAUUUGGGUCAAUCAGAGAUGGACAGCUACCUGCCUUCACACCAACAGGACAUGGUAAAUCCCAAAAUGUUUUGCAGGGACACGGGGACUCUGAUGCCAGAGCCGCCAUUCGCCGAGGACUUUGCCUCCCCAUACAGCGUCAACAUGAGCCUGCUCCUUCCUGACGUCACGUACCUGCAUCCAGGUCUCUGCAGGACUAUGAGACAGAUCAAAACAGAGCCGUCGCACUCCCUGAUGCACCCCGCUUGUCAGGGCAACGGAGCGUCAACGACGCUCCCAGAGUACCAGGGUGUUUACAGUUCAGCCGACAUGGCUGGUGGUAAAUUUUACAUCAAACAGGAAGUGCCAGAUUUCCAGGACGUCCCCCUGUUUCAGCUUUUGAACUCUGACUUGGAGCAGCUCGUUCACGGGUCGCAGCUGAACUCCAUGGCCCCGUUAAGUCUUCCCAUUGGGAACGUCCACGUAGGCCCGGCGCAGAAUUCUGCUAAACCCACAAGCGGUCCUCAGAAUGAAUGUUUUCUGUUCAAUCGACACUUGGGCCAUCAGCAGAGACCGACCUAUUUGCCGCCCUCUCCGCCAAACUCUGACCCCCCGAGUCCAGGCAGGGGGAAGGAGCUCCUUCACAAUCUGUCCCCGCCUCCCUCCUACGAAGCCAGCAUCGCCUCUAAGUUAACUUUUCAGACCCAUAAUGCCGCUGAUCCAGGACAGACUUCUUCUAGAGCAGCUCCAAUUCAGAGCCCAGACCAGAAUUCCAAUGUUGGAUUAGUCCAAAGCCCAGGUCCUGCGCCAAUCCAGCGUUCAAGCCUGACGCCAGUCCAGACAACACCAGGCGUCGGCCCGCUGUCUCCAGUGUUGGCCCAGUCGGCUUCUGCUAAGUACAACAGAAGGAAUAAUCCUGAUCUGGAGAGACGGCGAAUUCACCACUGUGAUGUUCCAGGGUGCAGGAAAGUAUACACCAAGUCUUCUCAUUUAAAAGCCCAUCUACGGACCCACACAGGAGAGAAGCCGUACGAGUGCUCCUGGGAGGGAUGUGAGUGGCGCUUCGCCCGCUCCGACGAGCUGACUCGCCAUUUCAGGAAACACACCGGGGUGAAGCCUUUCCAUUGCGGUGUGUGUAGCCGCUGUUUCUCCCGCUCCGAUCACCUGGCCCUCCACAUGAAGAGACACCAGAGCUAGAAACCCCUCUCUCUAAAUCAAGCCAAUUUAUUUUUAUUUUUCACUAAACACGGACAAAGAACCGGCACUCACAUAUCAGCAAACAAACAAAUUAAAAACUGUGUGGAGACAGUCAUAGCAGUGCUGGACCCCACAAGUAAUUGUUUCUUUUAUUGUAAAAAGAUUAACUGUUGCCUUAUUUUAUUCUCACACGUAUGCCCUAAUAUUAAGGGACAUUUGCAAAGAUGUCAAAAAUCAUUAGCCAAAUGUAAUAAUGAAAUAAUAUCCAGCCAUUCGAUUCUGUCGCACUGCAAAGUACAUGAACAACUUCAAAUAUCAACAUUUUAUUUUCAUUUUUCAUUGUACAGAUGGUGUAAUGUGUUGUUUAUUUAAUUAACUUAAAUAGCAAACUGCCACACUGUAAGUGCAGAUAUAGUAUUGCUCUUAACUGGAAGGUCAUGUUGUUUUAGCCAGGAGGUCAAAGGAUUGAUUGUGUGUGUGUAUAGUAUAGAAAGUAACAGCAGUUAGUUAAAGUUGUGCGUAAACAAGUCGUGGAUUUACUAAAAGACACAGUAGGAGAAAUAGAUAUUGGGAUGAGCGCUGUUUGCCAGCCGGGUGGGGAGUGCAGCGCUUACAGCGUGACUUUAACACUGCCAGAUUUAUGGGUUACUUUGCCACCGAGGAUAACUCAAAACAAAAUCUAUAUUUACUCACGACACUGAAAUGAAAGGAAGAUAAUGGGUGUGAGAUAUUAAUCAUAUUCAUUUGGACAGCAUUAUGAAUGUUCUAUAUCUAUGCCCCCCCCCCCUAUAUUGUAACACAGAUAUCGUCAUUACAGAAAUUGUUAAAUGUCUCUAGGGCAGGUGCAGACAUAAAUCCAAAUGGUGCAUUUUGGAUUUCAGUGGACAUUGCGUGAUUUUAUUUAAUUAUGGAAAAGGUUUAACUUAUUAUUUUAUGGGCUUGUUAACUUCAACCACGUAACAAUUUCUAAUUUUACACUAAAGACGGUAAAGUGCUCAAAGAAAAUUUACAACACCUUUGAGUACAUGACAUUUCAGCAGCAGGUCAGAGUUAUUUUCUUUCUCCUGGAAGCUGUUACGACGGACAAAUUCCGUCUCGUUCAUCUCGACUUUGUUUUGGUCGCCAGUUGUGGGUCCGAACGUUGGGUAUCUCAUAACAGGAUUAUCAUAUUACUGAUGAUUUGUCUUCAUAAGUGGUUUCAAAGUGAUGUCGGUGAGCUUUUUUUUUUUUUUUACUUAGACUGAGCACCUGCCAGUCUGAACAUCUGUGUAAGCUUUUGGUUUCUUUGACUGCGAUCCACAUAUUCAAACACCUUUUAAGUGCCUUUAACUGCUUUUUUUUUUUUUGUUGGACGAAUGAAAUACAAAGCUGCCCCGUUGGGACAAAUGUUCUUUCAUCAGGUACUCUACUCUGCUUAAAUGAUUCUGUGUGUUGGCUGCCCCUCCUUAUUUCCACACUAUAGCAAUCUCUAUUUAUGACCAAGGUUCUUUAUAAUUUGAUUCAGGUUGAACAAAAAUCUCUAUAAUUUGUUAAGAUGUAUAUAUUUUGUAUCUGCUGUUUAAGGAUACAAUCCAUUGAUUGUCUUCGGGUGUAUAAAGAUUUUAAACUUUUUUUUUUUAAUUACAGAGAUUUAAUUUUUUAGUUUUUUUUUUGCAAAGUCUAAGAAGGAUCAAAUUGUAGAAUAUUGUUACAGUCUACACUGUCUUCACUUUCUCCAGCCAAUAGCAGCUCAGCGGAGUGUGAGCCAGUGAAUUAUUGCAAUACUUUUAAAAUAAAUAUAUUACACACAAAUAUUUUGACAUGGAAGGUGUAACAAUAUUUUGUGUCAUAGCUUCAUAACAUGAAGAUGUAGCUUAAAUUGAUUUUAAAAAAGAAAAUGAAGCCAUGUGACCCUCGCAGUACAAAUAAAACUUUUGUGUUGAAUAUU